AUGACGUCACCUGGCACCGAGCUCUUGGAAGCUGUAACUGGAGGCCUCGUGCUAAUCCCUGCCUCGACAGCCCUUCAAAUAAAUUACAUUGGCAGAAAGAGGGCUAUCGUUUGUUUGGGGGAACAACAAGAUGAGGCUGGCAACACUGUGCAGUUAGAUUUUGAGAAACUCGAGAUUUCCUCCCACUUGCGCCGCGGGCCCCGGGGCCGCCUCCUGACGUCAGCGCUGAGCGGAGGGGGCGCAGCCUUCUGGAUUCCCGCCCCUCCCGGCCCUGCGGCCCUGGCUUGCCCUUUAAAAGAGCGGGGCCUGCGCCAACCGCGCCACACCGCGGGGACCUGGACGCACAGCUGCUUUCCCGGAGCAUCUUUAUCUCGCCUUCCGCCCGCAUCACUCACCGGUCCAGUCGCCAUCCUCUUCUCCGCGCAGAUUCGGGAGAGCGGGGCCAUGCAGCCGGCCGUGUUGCUAGGCCUCCUGGCAGCGGCAGUGGUGGCCGAUUCCAUUGGAAAAAAUACAGUGGAACUUAGGUGUUUCAUCAAGGUGACUCGCUGCAUCAUCGAGGUCCUCUCAAAUGCUCUGUCAAAGUCCAAUGCUCCACCCAUCACCCCUGAGUGUCGCCAAGUCCUGAAAAAGAGUAGAAAAGAGGUCAAAGAUGAAGAGAAAAAUGAAAAUGAAAACACACGAUUUGAAGUAAGGUUGUUAAGAAACCCAGCUGAUGCCUCAGAAGCCCACAGGCCUUCUGGUAGGGAGGAAACAAGAGCCCCAGGGGAGGAUACCCAAGGCCUGACAAUGGCAGACACAGCGGGAGGUGGGCAUAGCCGAGAAGAAGCAGGUGAACCCCAAGGAGGCCUCUACCCCUCUAACAGUCAAGUCUCCAAAGAAGCAAAGACACACCAUUCUGAGAAAACCGAGGAAGAGGACAGGAAGGAAGAGGAGGGAGAGAAAUACCAGAAAAGGGAGCAUGGGAAAGAUGGCAGUGAAGAGAAAAACCUGGAAGAGCCAGAAGAGACACAAAAUGCCUUUCUCAACAAAAGAAACCAGGCUACUGCUAAGAAAAAAGAGGACUUAGUUGCCAGAUAUGGUAUACACUCUGCUGGACCGCCUGAGGAGAUGACACACAGUCGAGAGAGGAGUAGCCAGGAGAGUCGUGAGGACACAAGAAGCCAGGAGAAACACCUUCAAGAGUCUAAAAACCAAGUUGGGAGCCAGGAAGAAUCUGAGGAAAGUCAGGAAGAUGCUGGCCCUGAGGUGGACAAACGACGCUGGAAGCCAAGACACCACCAUGGGAGGACCAGGCCUGACAGGUCCUCUCAAGAAGGAAAACCUUCCUCCGAUGAGAGGGGACACUUUCGUGAGGAAUCGGAGUCAAACGUGGGCAUGUCCACUGUAGGGGAAAGGAGGGACCAUCAUCCAGCCCACUACAGGGCUUCAGAGGAAGAAGAACCUGAAUAUGGGGAAGAAGUGAAGAGUUACCCAGCUGUCCAGGCUCCUGAGGACCUGGAGCAGGGACAAUAUGGCAGCAGAGGAAGUGAGGACUACAGGGCUCCAAGACCUCCCAGUGAGGAGAGCCAGGAGGAGGACAAGAGAAAUGGCCCCAGCUCAGAGCUUGACAAGAUGGCACAUGGAUAUAAUGAAGAAAGUGAGGAAGAGAGGGUCCGAGAAGGGGGACACCACUAUAGAACCAGAGGAGGGGAACCAGGUGCAUAUUCCACUCCAGACAAUAAACAAGAAAAACGUUUCUUGGGUGAAGGGCACUACCGUGUUCAAGAAAGCCAGAUGGACAAGGCAAGGAGGCAUCCACAAGGCGAGUGGAAAGAGCAGGACAGAAAUUAUCUCAACUAUGGUGAAGAAGGAGCCCAAGGGAAGUGGCAGCAGCAGGAGGACCUGGAAGAUGCUAAAGAGAGCAGGGAAGAAGCUAGGCUUCAAGGCAAACAAUAUACUCCCCUUCACACCACUGACAAGAUGAAGAGAUUAGGGGAGCUGCUCAACACAUACUAUGACCCUCCUCAGUGGAGGAGCAGCCAUUUUGAGAGAAAAGACAACAUGGAUGAUAAUUUUCUUGAGGGUGAAGAAGAAAAUGGGCUGACCUUGAAUGAGAAGAACUUCUUCCCAGAAUACAACUAUGACUUGUGGGAGAAAAAGCCCUUCGAAGAGGACGUGAAUUGGGGCUAUGAGAAGAGAAAUCUCCCCCCCAAACUGGAUCUGAAAAGGCAGUAUGACAGAGUGGCUGAACUGGACCAGCUCCUUCACUACAGGAAGAAGUCAGCUGAAUUUCCAGACUUUUAUGACUCUGAGGAGCAGAUGAGCCCACGCCAUGCAGCAGAAAAUGAAAAGGACAGGGCCGGCCAGGGAGUUCUGACAGAGGAAGAGGAAAAAGAACUUGAAAACUUGGCUGCAAUGGAUUUGGAACUACAGAAAAUAGCUGAGAAGUUCAGUGGCAACCAAAGAGGCUGA